AUAGUUGUGGCUUUUGGUGUAUUUUACGCGCAGUAGGAUAGGCUCCACGUAUUGAUAACCGAGUCUGUUGCAUAUGUCUACUUUUAGAUUUGAAUGGUUCUAUGAACUGUUAAUCGAGUGAUCGAAUAAAUGUAUGUGCCGACUAUCUGCCUAUUGCCUUUCCCAGUGUUGUCUUGGGGCGCAACAAAGGGAGAAUUCUGUGUACUGUCAUUGCUGGAGGCAUUUACAUUUUGUUGGAAAUUGUUAGUUACGCUCUCUCCGACUGCGCAUCAGCUACAUCAACUGUUACAAGAGAACGAUUUUCAGCUGCACACCCAUUUGUCUACACUGGCCGGCAUUCACAAAAUCUACCACACCCUGCACAGGCUGAACCUGACGGAGGACGUUGGACAUAACGGUCACUCCACAGCCUGCUGCUCCAGAGCCAUGCCUCCUAGGAAAAAGAGGAGACCCACUGCUGGAGAUGACCUGUCAGCUAAGAAGAGUCGCCAGGACAGGUACUACCAACCAUGUAGUCCUUGUGUUUUUAGAAAACAUGAGGCACCACAAAUCCGAGAGGAGGAUACCUUCUCCAGUAAAAGAUGUCUGGAGUGGUUCUACGAAUACGCAGUCUGUGACGAUGUUGUGGGGCCAGAGGGAAUGGAGAAGUUCUGUGAAGACAUUGGAGUGGAACCUGAAAAUGUGGUGAUGCUGGUUCUGGCCUGGAAGUUAGAUGCCCAGAGUAUGGGCUACUUCACCCUACAGGAGUGGUUGAGUGGCAUGGGCUCCCUGCAGUGCGACUCCACAGAGAGGCUGAGGAACUCCCUGGACUACCUGAGGUCUGUCCUAAACAACACCACCAACUUUAAGCUCAUUUACAGAUACGCCUUCGACUUUGCUCGGGAAAAGGACCAGAGGAGUUUAGACCUGAACACCGCCAAGUGCAUGUUGGGGCUUCUCCUGGGAAAGACUUGGUCACUGUUUCCUGUGUUCAAUCAGUUUUUAGAGCAAUCCAAGUAUAAGGUCAUCAACAAAGACCAGUGGUGCAACGUUUUAGAGUUCAGCAGGACAAUCAACCUGGACCUCAGUAACUAUGACGAGGAUGGAGCCUGGCCAGUUUUGUUGGAUGAGUUUGUGGAAUGGUACAAAGAAAGAGAGAUGUCAUAGCAUCAGGUACACUUCAACAAAUGUCAACAAAACAACAUAAUACAACGACGACGGCUAUGAGAAAACAAACUAUACAAAAUGGAGAGGUGCGUGUCAGCGAUGACAGGUGGUGCUUCCAGGUAAUGAUUGCAGGGGGGUGUAAGGUCCAAAACUGGGUGUAAGCUGCCCUGGCGAGAUUGGGAUGUAGAUUACUUAUGGAGACACCAACUAUCUCCGGGUAAUGUUUCCUACCUAUGUUGCAUUGUGGUUAAGCACAUGGCAGCCCCUGUGGCGUUGCACCCCCUCGCUGUGUGAUAGGAUAACUGUUCUCAUGAGUGGCUGACGUGGGCAAAAUGGUUUUGUGUGAGAGAAAAAUCCACUCUUCAACCCCUCGCUCCCGUAAGGAGGAAUAAAACAAAUUAAAUCCCUCCCUUUUGAACAGUCGGUCUUAAUCUUAAAUCAAGGUCAUUUUGACCUGGGCACAUUUGAAUAUUGUAUAUCCGUGCUUUGAACUUGAUCUGUGCUUGUCUCUUUAUAACCUACAGAACCCAUCGUUUCUAUCAGUUUUGUCCUAUAUUUGGGUUGAAUUGGAAUUCUUAAAGAAGUACAUUGUGUCAGGCUGAGUAUUACAGUAGUUGUUCUUUUAGCCAUGGUCCCUAAAGCUGUUAGAGGUGGAUGAUGACACCUCCACAGUUUACUAUAACAAAGUAAUUUGAGCCCCCAGUGGUUUUCAUCCCCAUGCUCACUAUGAUACCACCAGCCUGUGCUAAAGUAUUUUAGCCCCCUGUGAAGGCUUCAGUUGACCUCAUACCACAACUAACCAAUCAGCAGUGCUGCCUAUUUUUUAUUUUUUUAUUUUUUUAAAUAAUUUUUAUCCCAUUUCUCCCCAAUUUUCGUGGUAUCCAAUCGCUAGUAAUUACUACCUUGUCUCUUCGCUACAACUCCCGUACGGGCUCGGGAGAGACGAAGGUCGAAAGCCAUGCGUCCUCCGAAGCACAACCCAACCAGCCGUACUGCUUCUUAACACAGCGCGCCUCCAACCCGGAAGCCAGCCGCACCAAUGUGUCGGAGGAAACACCGUGUACCUGGCCCCCUUGGCUGGCGCGCACUGCGCCCGGCCCGCCACAGGAGUCGCUGGAGCGCGAUGAGACAAGGAUAUCCCUACCGGCCAAACCCUCCCUACCCCGGACGACGCUAUGCCAAUUGUGCGUCGCCCCACGGACCUCCCGGUCGCGGCCGGCUGCGACAGAGCCUGGGCGCGAAUCCAGAGACUCUGGUGGCGCAGUUAGCACUGCGAUGCAGUGCCCUAGACCACUGCGCCACCCGGGAGGCCCAGUGCUGCCUAUUAACUCUUAUUACAGUGCAGUGGUCAGUUGUUAGUGGACUGGCCAGCAUUCAUGGUUUAUGUGACCAAUCUGUUUCUAAGCUGUAGGUUUGUAAGAGUUUUAUUUUUUUCUCAACAUUUUUAUGGAGGUUGCUUUACUUGCUCAACACACACACACCCACACACACACACACCCGCACACAUACACACACACACACACACACAGUGGUCAGGGAUUAGAUCAGGAUGAAAUUAGACUUUUGGGCUCAUCAUUCAAGAGGUCUCAAAACCAUGGACAUUGAAGGGUUAGAAUUAGACCCCUGUGACGAUGCUAUGCUUUUGCUAAUGUUCUUGUAACACAUGUGUAAACUUUUGUCUCUGGCUGUGAUGUGACGCUCAAUUGUCAUGAGUGAAACGUUGCAUGCACGCUCUCCGUCAGAGCCGUCUGAAUGGAUGAGAUUUUUGAAAACUUGUUUUGCUUUUUUGUACAGGAAUUUGUGCUUCAUUUGAUAUCCUCCAUGUUGUCUUAACGCUUUAUGAAAACCAUGAUUGUGUAUAUUCAGAGCUGAAACACACAUGUAACCUCAUUUGAGGAAGAGGACUUCCCUCCUGCAUUUGCCAACCCCUCCCCCCUAUCACACACAGUAAAAACGAAAAAGAACCCCACUGUCAGUCUCUCAAACAAAUGGACAUGAACUGAAAUUAACAUGAGACUGCAUGUGUUGUAAGAAUGGUGUCAAUCAUUGAUUGGUCAAACCCAGUGGCAUCUUAUCCACAACUAAAGCAUGUACAGUAAAUGGAUCAAUUUAUGAAUUAGUAAGGUCACAUAAGAUCUCCACCUAUCAGUGAUCCAUGAUGCUUUGGCUGUCCUGUCCAGUCAUCAGUAUAUUUGUCUAUAUUAGGUUUUUGGAGAUGGAGCUAGUAGCUGGACUGCACACUAAUAAGUCUAAUUCAGAUGGUGUUCUACAUUGGUAACGCAGGAGGUUGCACAACCCUGUCCUGACUGUAUAUGUAUGUACAGUAUGUAUGUGUCUGUUUUCACUGUAACCUACAGUAUCUCUAUAUUAACUUACUGUUGUCAUUCAUUUUUGCUUUGCCAUCUUCCUUUACAGAAAGAUUCAAAUGUGGUUUGUGAUGAGAUGUUCGUUCUGUGUUUUUAAAUUGCACAGGAUCAAGUUUGAUUCUGCUACUGUAGGCCUAAUGUAUUUUUACUAUUGCAUUACCACAGUAAUUACCACGUCAUGUGUGCAUCUUAUUGUCCAGGUACCCAUAAAUCAACUGAUAUAAAAACAUCACAAACACAAUAUGGGCGACUUUCAUUACAGGUUUAUUUAUGAUGCAUCGUCCUCCACAUAAUGUGGAGGCAGUGUCAUGAAGAGAUUAUUUUGUAGCAAAAUAGAGGGGAGUAGGGUACUGAGUGAGUAAAGAAGGUGGAUAUGAAUCUGGGAAAUUGGGUUUUAAUGGUCCCACCUUUUAUUUGCGUCAGUCUGAAAUCAUUCAGUCACAAACAGCUGUUUUCAUUAAGACAAACAUGUCUGGUGUUACACUCAUUUACAACAAUGUAAUUAAAAUAAACAACUUACGUUUGAACAACUUUCA